UCCUUACGCACUUCCGGUUCCCGUUCCUUGUGUGCUAAGAUGGCGGACCGGCGACGACGAAGGAGGCGCGCGUCUCAGGACAGCGAAGAUGACGACGAGUCUGCGUCCGGGUCGGAGAGUGGGAGAUCGGCUUCCCCCGGCGCGAAGACCCGUGUUAGAGUCCCCGAGCCGGGGGAGACUCCAGCUGUGCGCGUUGCCCCGAAAAGCGACGUCGAGUCCGAGUGUGAAAGUGAAGACGGUGUAGGUGAAGCUGUCCUUUCUGACUAUGAAAGUGCUGAUCCGGAGGAGAAUGGCUCGCGCUCGGAGGGAGGAGAGGAGGAGGAGGAGGUUGAACACUUCAGUCAAGAAGAUGCUGCACCCCCAACCGCAGAGCCGAAAGCAGCGGCUGAAGCUCCUACUGAAGUUUUGGUAGAGGAGGAGGAGGAGGAGGAAGAAGAAGAAGAAGGGGAGGAGGAGGAGGAAGAGGAGGAGGAGAGAGAAAUGAAAGAAGUGAAAGCUGAUGAAAAGGGCAACUUGGCAGGAGAGAGGCAGAGUGGGGAUGGUCAGGAGAGCACGGAUGAUCCUGAGAAUAAGUCUGCUAGUAAACCUGGUCAGAAGUUGGAUGAUGAUGAGGACCGGAAGAAUCCAGCGUACAUCCCCCGGAAGGGCCUGUUUUUUGAGCAUGAUGUGAGAGGCCAGACUCAAGAUGAAGAGAGACCUAAGGGCAGGCAUAGGAAGUUGUGGAAAGACGAGGGUCGCUGGGAGCACGAUAAAUUCCGGGAGGAGGAGCAGGCCCCCAAAUCACGCGAGGAGCUGAUUGCUAUUUACGGUUACGACAUUCGCAACGGCAACGGCUCCAGUGACACCAGACCAUUCAAGCCACGGAAGCCCAGGCAUCCUGGCCCGCUAAACCAAGAAUCCAAGCGUUACAGGGAUGUUGAGAAGCCCCCCCGCUCCUCAUGGCAUGGUGCGGCUCCCGUUGCCCGCAGUGCCCCGCCUGUGACAGGAACGUCCCAGUCAGGUUUUCCUGCUGCUCCUCGGCCCCAGAAUCGACCCUCCACCCAGCCCCCUGCACGCACCUUCCAGAGCAGUCGUCGGCCUGAAAUAAUCAGGAGUCAUCCUAAGGCCAGCACGCGACCCCAGGCUCCUGAGAGCGAGAGGGCACCCAGACUUAGGGGCCGAGGUUCUCAUGGAACCCCUCACCAUGCCCGGCGCAGUCCACAAGAAGAUGAAGAAGAGGAAGGUGAAAUUCCCAUUGUACCCACCACUUACUACAAAUCUGAGCAGGAGACAAGCUCUUCAUCGCAGCAAAAGGAGGAGUGUGGAACAACGGCGGAGCAACAGUCGAGCGCACCUGGCACAGUAAGGGAGGUGUCACCACCUCCUGAGAGGCCAGUGGAGAAAAAAUCCUACUCACUGGCACGUAGGAGCCGGGCCAGGCCCUCGGACCUUAGCAAGCAGGCCUCGCUGGAAGAGGCGGUGCUCACCCCACAGGUUGUGCCCACUGCUGCCAAGACCGAAUCAUGGCAGGGACAGGGUGAUGCGGGCACACAGAGUGGCCUGUCAAGGCUCGAUCAGGACCUGGCCCGUCUCAAUCUGGCUGGGCAAAGCUGGACCCAGAGUCCGGCCUCAUACCUCCGGCCUGAGAUGAGGGGCAUCCCUAGUUCUAUACAUAUGGGAGGUGGACCUCCUCAAUAUGGCAACAUGGAGGACAUGGGUGUCGGUGGUGGCCGGGCUAAGCGGUAUUCAUCUCAGAGGCAGAGGCCGGUGCCUGAACCAGCGCCAAUGCACAUAGGGCUUAUGGAGGGCCACUAUUAUGAAACCAUGUCAUUCCAGGGACCAAUCUACACACAUGGCGACAGUCCAGCUGCCAUGCCACCACAGGGACUGCUGGUGCAACCAGAGAUGCACCUGCCUCACCCCACACACCCCGGCUUGCAUCCUCACCAGUCAGGAGGACCGAUUCCGAACCCUGCGCUUUACGCUGCUCCGCCCGUUUCUCUGUCACCUGGACAGCCACCCCCACAGCAACUUCUUCCCCCACCCUUCUACCCUCCACCUGGAGUCAUGACAUUUAGCAACACCAACUACCCUUACCCUGCUGGAGCUACACUACCCCCCAUCUACCCCAAUGCACAGGCUCAGUCACAGGUGUAUGGCGGAGUGACGUAUUUUGACACAGUACAGCAGCAGGCUCAACCCAAACCUUCUCCACCACGCCGUACUUCACAGCCAGUCACAGUCAAGCCUCCCCCGCCAGAGGACCAGAGCAGGAAGCCCAGUGAGGAGGUGCGCUCCUAGCUGCUGCUGAAAGGAGUGACCAGGACCAGCACCAUUUGUGGAUGAAUAUAAUUUCACUUUGUUACAUCACUUUUUUUUUCUCUUUUUUUUUUUUUUUAAACUUGUAACUUUUGAUUUUAUUCAUUGUCAAGCAUGUCACAUUCACCCUCAUGCAAGGCCCUCCUUGUGAGUCAUGUCUCGAUCGUAUUUUUCAUCACCUGAUCUAUUUGCUGUGUGCUGCUUCACUCUCUCAAGGCAUGUAUUAGUUCCUAAAGGAAAUGUACUGUAAGUUAUAUAUGUCAAGCCGACACGGAAAGGGGAUUUGCUGCUAUUAAUCACUAUCAUAAUCAUUAUCGAUAAACGUCACGUGUUGUACUAAUCCAGGCCUUUAUUUUAGAUAGGAAAGGCAGAUAAACAUAAUUAGAAACAUUUCAUUUAGUGCAGCAUGUUGAAUGUGUUUGAGAAGAAAACAUGUCUGAGGCUAUUGAGAUCAAGGACUAUUGGAAAUGCAAUAUAUACUUGUUCACAAUUGGACCUGCAUGAUAAUUAUCUGAUGGAAUUUUUACCCCAUUUUGUGUUUUGAAGAAUGCAACAUGAAUGCAGGUCGGCGCCAUACGGCGACACAUUAUGAUUCUCAUUAAACGUUGAAUUUAAAUAUGUGCAUGUAGUGUUUAACGUUCACAUUCAGCAUUCGAGGGCACAUUGUUUGGCCUGGCAGUCUAUGCAUCUCCUUUUCCCUCCCUCUCUAUCUGUGUAAAUGUUUAUUAGUAACUAAAAUAAGGCAAUAUGUUUUAGCUGUAGUGCAUUUUCCAGGCCAGUCAGUGAGGGCAGGAAGCGUUGAGCUGUGGCAUGGUAUGAUCCAUGUUUAGUAUAUAAACUAAUUGACCAAAAAAUGUUGGCAUCCAGCUGUCAGUGCUGACGUACAGAGACACAAAUCUAAAGAGCUCCUUUUCUGUGGUCAACACAAAGCACAUGCACAUGUGGUUUACGCAGAUGAUUUGUGCAUCUUUAAGGGCUGACAGAAAGGUAGUGAAUUAUAAGUAUGACUGUUCUAAUGGCAAGUUAAAAAAAGUUAUUGGAGGUCAUGUGUCUUUUAAUUCAAUAGCAGUUUGCUCAUAGGCUCUAAUGCAUUUAAAAAAAAAAAAAAAAAAAAGGUUUUUUUUUUUUACUCAAACCCAACAGUGCUAAUUUUUAAGUGCUCAAGCAGUAUAGUUUCUGUAAAGGUGCUAGUCUCUUGUGUGUAGUGAAGUCAACUCUUCACUCUUCCCCACAUCAAUGGCACAUGCCUGAUCUCUGUAUCUUUGACUUUGUUCUGUGUUAAAUACAAUACUGUAAUAAAGGUUUCAAGUUAAGAUGACUUUACUUGGUAGGGAGUGUACUGUGUGAUGCUCACUCAACCAUUUAACAGUGCAUUUUGUGCUGUGAUGUUCUGGGGAAAACUCAGCCCAGGACCGUUCACUUUGCCUGAAACUGACAUACUUGACAGUGCUACUGCUUGGUGAUGGCUUUUUUGUGUAUAUCUAUAUAGAAUAAAUGUAUUAUUGAAGCCUGUGGUUUAAAAACAAAACAAAAAAACAGUAAUACCUUAAACUUAGUUACUAGUGAAAUACUGUCACCUUGAACAAAGUUAGCAGGGAUUCCUAGCCUUCAUUUGUUGUCUAAUGAAUUAACUGAUAAUUAACUUUUGCAAUUAUCAAUUGUACCAACAGCUUAUUUUAUUUUAUAGAUGUGCUAAUUACAAGGGUUUGUUUUUCUUUCUUUUUUUUCUUUUAGGAGCACUGUACAGGCAUGCAUGAGCACAUGGCUACAUUUCUUUGUGAAAGCAAUUCUAGGUGAGCUCCAGGGGCUGUGAAUCUGUUUAUCAACCCCACCAGACUCUGUGAUGGAUAUGUCCUUUAAAAUGGUUCCCUUUACCAUUUGCUCCUGGUAGCCUGCCAGUAUAACUGAAAUCAACUUCUUACGUUAUCAGUGUUGUUUAGAUGUGGUUUAUAAGAUGAUUUGUGAUGUUACUUUCUAUGCCUUAAAAAUUGCAUUUGUUUGACAUAUCUGCUCCGAUUAACUAGACCUGCCAACACUGUGACGGGCUUGUACGUUUCAUAGGUGUUUAAAUGUUUUUUAAAAAAUCAUUUUUUGUGUGUUUUUUGUUUUUUUGUGGAGCAAUUUUGUCAAGAGAAUUAUUAAAACAAGACCCAUGUGUAA